UGCACAGUAUUUGAACACAGUUAUUUGGCCAAGUUAGUAUUAAUCCAGGUUUAUCCAUUUCACUACACCAAUGGCAGUAUAAAUAAGUCACUGACAGAGGCAAAGAGCAACAUCAGUAGAUAACAGCAGGCUCCCGUGAAGGCUCCGGAUUGCCACAGAAAUGUCCCACAGGAGAAUGAAUCUGGCCCUGUCUCUGGUCCUCAUACUCUGUGGCCUGCUUAAUAGCAUCUUCUGUGAAAAGCAACAACACUCUCAAAAGCACGUGAACCUAGUCUUAUUAAAGAAAAUUUCAGCUCUCUCCCAGAAGAUGGAAGCUCACCCUAAGGAUUUUGCCCAAGAAUUGUUCAAGGCUUUGAUAAUUGAGGCUCCCAGAAAGAAUAUCAUCUUCUCCCCCAUGGCCAUGACCACCACCUUGGCCACCCUCUCCCUGGGGAUCAAGUCCACAAUGAACGCCCACCACCCUGAGGACCUGAAACUUGAGCCCAAACUGUUGGAUGUGCACAAGUACUUACAGACUCUGGUCCACGUGGGGCAUGAGCUAGUGAAGCAGAAGCUACUGAAGCACCAGCACAUUCUCUUUAUCAACAGCAAAAUGAUGGUCAACCAGAUGCUUCUACAGCAGAUAGGCAAGCUGCAGGGAAUGGACAUCCAGAUGAUUGACUUUACAGAUACAGAAAAAGCCAAGAAGACCAUCAGCCACCACGUGGCUGAAAAAACACAUACGAAACUCUCAGACUUAAUCACCGACCUGAACCCUGAGACCAUCCUGUGUCUUGUCAACCACGUUUUCUUCAAAGGCAUCUUGAAAAGAGCUUUUCAGCCCAAACUCACCCAGAAGGAGGACUUCUUUGUGAAUGACCAAACCAAAGUGCAGGUAGACAUGAUGAGAAAGACAGAACGGAUGCUUUACAGCCGGUCAGAGGAGCUACAUACUACGAUGGUUAAGAUGCCUUGCAAAGGAAAUGUGUCCCUAAUUCUCAUGCUCCCAGAUGCCGGGCAAUUUGACACUGCUCUUAAAAAGAUGACUGCUAAGCGAGCUAAACUUCAGAAAAUCAGUGACUUCAGACUGGUGCACUUAACUUUGCCCAAGCUCAAGAUCUCCUUCAAGAUAAACUUCAAGCAUCUGCUUCCCAAGAUUGGCCCCAAACAUACGCUGACUACCACAGCAAUCUCACAGGCCAUCACACUGAAGGCUCCCCUGCCUAAUUUGGAGGCCCUGCAUCAAGCUGAGAUAGAGCUGAACGAGCAUGCCUUAACUGUGGACACAGCCAUUCACACAGAUAAUCUGUUGAAAGUCCCAAUGAACGCAAAGGAGGUCCCAGUGGUCGUGAAAGUCCCAACGAACGCAAAGGAGGUCCCGGUGGAUGUGAAGGUCAACAGACCCUUCUUGCUGUUUGUGGAGGAUGAGAGGACUCAAAGAGACCUCUUUGUGGGCAAAGUCCUCAACCCCCAAGUUGAGUAGAGCCGGGGCCACGCUGUGCAGCAUAGGAACUUAGCAGGCCAUGAAUAAAAAGAGUACAAUUCACCA